AUGGACACUGCUGUAAUCGUGUAAGUACGAAUGAUCUUCAAAUUUUAUCACCUUUGUCGUGCACAUACUUUCUCAAUAGGGAUGGGUAUGGGCGCUACUCCUGGUUCUCACAAAUCUUCUAAUCCUGAAUCCUUGUUACGUUUAUAGCGGCAUUUUGCCCAGACAGAGCUAAACACUGAAUCACUGAAGCCCCUCGCCAAGUGAAUUUUUUUUAAAUGUAUUUUCCCUUGCUAGAGGGAGCCUUUGUGGCGAGAUGGAAAAGCUUUAGGACCCGGGGAAUCCAAGACAGUCUUGGACUGGAUUCCACACCGUGGAUUUCGGAUUUCAUGGACUGGAUCUCCGGAUUCCUUGUCAGUGGAACUUGGAUCAUUGGUGGAAUUCCACAUUACAGAUUCCAUUAAGCCUAGUAUUCCGGAUUCUCCCACAAACAAAAAUUUCCCGAAAUCCGGAUUCCCUUUGAGUCCCCUACAUGAAGAGAAAGCCUUGUAACUAAAACCAUGCAAUUUCAUUUUUCUUACUUCUAUUUUUUUUCACAGGGCUGGAUCUAUCACAGGGCUUUUGCUGUUAAUCGCAUUGGCCUUUGGCAUUUUUAUUUGUUGCUUGCGUCGCAAACUUCCGGAUGGUGUUCCUAAACCACCAGUCUGCACAACAGUGAAGGUAAAUCAUUGGAAAUAUACCUAGCCGGUUUUUUGAAAACCAACCUAACGAAAUUUGCAGUCAUUUGAGUGAAAAGGCAUCAAAAGGCUGGUUUAUUACACCCGAAGCUCCAAAAUCACAGUAACGAAGGAAAGAGCGAUUAGAGGGAAAGGAGGAGAAGAAAAAAAAGCAAUGGUUGCACUCUUAGUUUUUAUUGUAGCAACUUUGGAUAUAUUUUUCGGCCUAGAAAAUCUGUAGGUUACGCCGAUUUCCUAAUUAGCUGUAGGCUCUUAGCCAAUUUGAAGACAGAUAGAGAGUACAACACAAAAAAGUGUAUAAUAAUUAGCAAUUAUUGGAAGAGGUUUAGUAUGAUCUGGAGAGUUAUGCGGGUCAAGGCCUUUGGUCUUUGGCUUUGGCGAUUAAUACGGCCUUAAAGGUCUGUAUAAUUCUUCAGAUCCUGCGAAAGGCGAAUCCAAUAAUUGCUUAAUCACAAUCAAAGUCAUACUUUAAAACAACCUUACCUCGUAAACUUCUACAGCGCGCGCUGAUUCCAAAUGUAACAAUAGUGUUUUAUGACACGGAGAGAAUAAUGGGAAUUGAUAGGUAGGGGAGAGGGUGGGGUGGGGAAAGAUGUUAACAGCGUGUUAAAGCAUGAGCCCAUAACCUGAAGCGAGCAACUUCUAUACUAGGCCCAUGUCACGGCGUUUUUUACGGACCAGUUUAUUUUUAGACUCAUUUUAGGGCACUUUUUCCCGCGAAAAUAGAAACUCCACCAUGUCUAUGAGCGCAUUCGAAGUGUAAGAUAUCAAAAAGGAAAACUAAUCGUUAUUAAAAGGCAAAAAAAUAUCAUUUUUUUAGGUCUGUAGGUUUUGCUGACUGGUUUGUGAAAUUUAAAAGAUAUUCAAAAUUUGCGCCGAAAUCGUUCUAAAAAUAAACUGGUCCGUGAAAACGCCGUGACACAAACGCAUGGAAGUUGCUCGCUCCAUGUUAUGGGCUCCUGGUUAAAGACAUGUUUUUGUCUAAUGUAGCUUUUAGGGGUUUUUUGUACUGAAAACAUCAUGAGGAAAAAAAAAUGAUCAAGUACUGAACAUGCCUCAAAGGAGACUGUUGCAAAAAAUAAUCCUGGAGGAGGUACCUUUUUGCAAAUCCAGACAGAUAUACAUGCUGCUUUGCGAAGAUUUCGUAAAAUUAGCUGUUUAAACCAAUAAGAAAUGUAGUAGAGACAACAGCAAAGUUAGCACCUUUUUGCAUUCCGACAUGUGUUCAUCGUGUUUGGUUCUUUCCUUCUUAUCUGGAUCAUUACUUAAAGCCAGGCCAUAAAAUACGUCAACACAUUACUGCAAAUAUGUUUCUUUCAGAAGGCUAGUAUAUCCGGUACCGUAAAAUUCUGAAAAUAAGCCCCGCCAAAUAUAAGCCCCCCAAACCGGUAACGCAAAAAAACCCUCCGUUAAAUCGCCCCUGCAAAUAUAAGCCCCCCGGGGGCUUGUACUUGGAAAGUUGCCCUCCAAUACAAAGUAUAACAAAACAAAAACGGUACAUUUACUUCCAACUAUAUGGCUAGCUCAAUCGAUUUUGAAACGCAUUCCCUCCGUAGAUAAGCCCCUCCGAAUAUAAGCCCCUCCAAAAAUAAGCCCCUCAAAAAGGGCUUUUGAAAAAUAUAAGCCCCGGGGCUUAUUUUCGGAGUUUUACGGUAUACUCUUAGGGGUCAUCAGAAUGCCAAAUUCGAGACUGCGCGAGAAUGCCAGACCCGGUUUAGAAACUCGACAGCGAGACUUAAAAAAUAAUUCGAGACCCCAAGACGUGAACCCGAUAACGGGACUUCGAGACCUAUCAAAAACGCUUUCCAGACUUCGAGAUCGGGCCAAAAUUUUCCACGACCAAUGUUUUUUCGGGAGCCAUUAUAUGCCCUUACUCUUACUAAUAGCUGAAACAAAAAGCCUGUAAUUAAUGUAACAUACUGACGCCUGUUACUGAUUUGAUAUAAUAGGUUGGGUGUGGACUUAUAACUGCUAAGCUCUGUCCGUGCUGUCAAAAAUGCCAGUAUUCAAGUAUACCAGGAGACUAA